AAAGGAUUUGAGGACCGCCUUCAAAAGAUCUCCACAGUAACGUGCAUGCACAGCUUUCUUUUUUAAAUGAUAGGAACUCCAUUAUAAACCGCACAGAAACGCAGCUAUAUUAAAAGAAGAGCAGAGGUUUCGCCAUGUCUAUCGACCCGGCAGCCGAGCUGCCCUUCUACUACGGUAGCAUCAGCCGCUCGGAGGCCGAGCAGCACCUGAAGCUGGCCGGGAUGGCCGACGGGAUCUUCUUGCUGAGGCAGUGUCUCCGCAGCCUGGGGGGCUACGUGCUCUCUGUCGUGUGUGGCGUGGAGUUUCACCAUUACCCCGUGGAAAAGCAGCUCAACGGCACUUACUGCCUGGGGGGAGGGAAGCCUCACUGCGGCCCCGCAGAGCUCUGCGAGUUCUACAGCAGAGACCCCGACGGGCUGGUGUGCGCCCUGAGGAAACCCUGUCUGCGCUCCCCGGACGCCACGAUACGUCCCGGCGUGUUCGACAGCGUGAGAGAAAACAUGCUGAGGGAGUAUGUGAAGCAGACCUGGAACCUGGAGGGAGAAGCCAUGGAGCAGGCCAUCAUCAGUCAAGCUCCUCAGCUGGAGAAGCUGAUCGCCACCACGGCCCACGAGAAGAUGUCCUGGUAUCACGGUAAAGUCACCCGGCAGGAAGGGGAGAGGCGACUUUAUUCUGGAGCGCAACCGGACGGCAAGUUUCUGAUUAGAGACAGAGAGGAGUCGGGCAGUUUUGCUCUCUCCAUGAUGUACGGGAAGACGGUGUACCAUUACCAGAUCCUCCAAGACAAAUCGGGGAAAUACUCCAUGCCAGAGGGAACAAAGUUUGACACAGUCUGGCAGCUGGUGGAGUACCUGAAGAUGAAAGCUGAUGGCCUGGUGACUAUUCUGGGGGAGGCCUGCGUUAACGGAAAAACACCCACCCUACCUACAUCAAGGCGGGCCGGCCAGAAUGGAUACACACCGCCACCUCAAGCUGUUGCAGCAGCCUCAAAGUUGAUCACCACAGUGCCGGCAGACCGCGACGUUCUGCCGAUGGACUGCAAUGGAUUCAACCCCUACCACAACCCCAAUGAAGUGAGGAGGUUCAACAUCCAGAGGAGUCAGCUGCUGAUUGAUGAAGUGGAGCUCGGCUCGGGGAACUUUGGCUGCGUCAAGAAGGGAGUCCUCAAGACCGAGUCGGGCCAGAUUGAUGUGGCCAUCAAAGUCCUGAAGAAUGAAAACGAGAAGCUGGUGAGGGAGGAGAUGAUGAGGGAGGCGGAGAUCAUGUACCAGCUGAGCAACCCCUUCAUCGUUCGCAUGCUGGGUCUGUGCAAUGCUGAGCAUCUGAUGCUGGUCAUGGAGAUGGCCUCCGCCGGACCUCUCAACAAGUUCCUCUCCUCCAAUAAGGAUACCGUAACUGUGGAGAACAUUGUGAGCCUGAUGCACCAGGUGUCGAUGGGAAUGAAGUAUCUGGAGGAGAAGAACUUUGUGCACAGAGACCUGGCGGCUCGCAACGUCCUGCUGGUCAAGCAACAGUUUGCCAAAAUCAGUGACUUUGGGCUGUCCAAGGCCCUCGGAGCAGAUGACAACUACUACAAGGCUCGUACGGCAGGUAAAUGGCCGCUGAAGUGGUACGCUCCAGAAUGUAUCAAUUUCCACAAAUUCUCCAGUAAAAGCGACGUGUGGAGCUUCGGUGUCACCAUGUGGGAGGCCUUUACCUACGGAGGGAAACCGUACAAGAAAAUGAAAGGACCUGAGGUGAUGCGCUUCAUUGACAGUGGGAACCGCAUGGAGUGUCCAGCAGCAUGUCCAGAGCGAAUGUAUACAGUGAUGAAGGAAUGCUGGAUCUACAAGCACGAGGAGCGUCCUGACUUCAAGAAGGUUGAGGAGUCCAUGAGGUCUUACCAUUACUCCAUAUCGAACAAGGCCAAGCUGGAGGGAGCUGCAGCCACCGCCGAGCUUAUCAAUUAAAGAGAAACAAAGCACAUUCUGUCCCAGUGCUCGACAAAGCAUCCUUUCAACCGGCCAUUAAAGCACCAAAACAAAGAGCUUCUUAUGAACGGCGCACACUGACAAGCUUUGACUACAGUUCUCAUACAGCUAAACAGGCCUCAGAGACAAUAAAGGUGCAUUUUGUAUAGUUAACUGUGUGCGCCAUGGAAGGAGGAUUUCAAUGUGUGUGUGUGUGUGUGUGUGUGUGUGUGUGUGUGUGUGUGUGUGUGUGUGUGUGUGUGUGUGUGUGUGUGUGUGUGUGUGUGUGUGUGUGUGUGUCUGUGUGUGUGUGUGUGUGUCUGUCAUGGUUUGAAUGUUAAGAGUCAAAGCAUGUGCUACAUGUUUUUCUCCUCUGGAUUCACGUUUUUUAUGCCAGACCAAAUAUAAGUAGAAAUAAACCGAUGGAACUUAUAUUUUAAUAUUUUUUUUAACAUUCCUUGUAAAGCCAGUGAUCAAUGGUGAGAUGUUGGUUUAUUUCAACACAAAGAUGACCUGUAACAUGCAUGUUAUAUUUGUUUAAUCAGGUUAUACAGGCAUUUUGAUUAUUUGUAUGCAAUUUCUUAUACAACAAACUAUAUAUAACCAUUUAACAAUAUAAUAAUUUGUUUUCAAAAGACUCCGAAAUUAAUUAAUAAAAUCGGUUUGCAUAUUAAGCAUGAUAUAAAACGUGAAUAAAUUUGAUGUAAUUUCAUACAAUAUUCCCCCCAAAUAAACGCACAAAUGAUAAAA